AUGGCUAACAUGAAGACAAAAUAUUUCGAAAUAUCUGUUGCUAAAUCGGAGUUGGAUGUUUCUACACACUUCAAUACAGUUGAUCACAAUAUAUGUCGAAACCAAUCUUUAUCAAAUAAUGGAAAUAAAACAAUGAUAAAUUGUCUAUUUAAUACACAACUCAUUUUAAAAAAAUCUGAAAUUAAACUGAAAUCAUCAGCUACCAGAAAAUCUGAUAAAAAAAUAGAAACAACGACAAAAAUUCCUCGAUGUGGAGUACGAGAUAGUCCUCUUGUGUAUUCAGUUGAAACUCAAUGGAAAAAGAAAUCUUUGACGUGGAAAUUGCUUGAUGGAGACCACCCUUCAUAUGGUACAGGUAGAACUCGUGCACAAAUUCAAGACGCAUUUAAUGAUUGGGCUAGAUAUGCACCAUUAACUUUUAGAGAAGUAUCACAAUAUGACGAAGCUGAUUUUGAAUUGGCUUUUAUUCAUAGAAUCCAUGAUGCUAUUCGUCGUUUCGAUGGACCUGGAGGAACUUUAGCAUAUUCAUAUCUUCCUCCUUCAGGAAUGAUUCGUUUUGAAGCAGAAGAACCAUGGACAGAUGAUUAUACCAAAACUGGCUUUAAUUUACGUCUUGUAGCGACUCAUGAAAUAGGUCAUGCACUUGGACUUGGCUAUUCUAAUAAUCCAUCAUCGAUAAUGUUUGAACAAUAUCAACUUUUCCAACCAGAACAACUUCUACCAAGAGAUGAUCGCGAUGCAAUUCGAGCACUAUAUGGGUUGAGAUCUACUCCUAGAAGAACAUAUCCAACUAGUACACGUAGAAGAACAUAUCCAAUUACUACACGUAGAACAACAACGCGAUGGCUAACAAGAUACAUACCAACAUCAUCAUGGAGAACAGUGAGUUAUUGGCCAACAACAGUAUGGUGGACAACAAGAUAUAGUCCUACAACCACACGAAGAGCAGUAAGAUAUAGAUCUAUGACAACAUCGAGACCGCCAUCAACAUGGAGAACGAUGAAUUAUUGGCCAACAACAGUAUGGUGGGCAACAAGAUAUAGUCCUGCAACUACGCGAAGAACAGUAAGAUAUAGAUCUACGACAACAUCAAGAAAGACAGGAUACAAAACAACAACAGCACCUACCAGGAAAACGAAGAUAACCAUACCAAGAAGCAAAACAGCAAACAAAUUAGGAAGUAUAUGGAGAUAUACAACUAAGCGCUCAACUAGCACAACAACAACGUCGCAACCAAAUAAAGUAUGGGUAGGAUUAUGGCCAACAUGGACGAUAUUGUAUCCAAAGUCAACAACUCAUUCUGUAAGAUACAAAUUAGGAUCGACCAAAGUAUCUAAAAAACAAAAUGUACGAACUACGAUAUUUAAAAAGACAAAAACAACAACAUCAACAACUGCCAAAAUACAGAAAAUAUUGAUAACAACACUACCAGCAACGGAAUUAAUAGUAACACCGAAAGAAACAGAAGAAUCUAAGCAAGUAACAACAACAACUAAAUCAGUUCCAGAUAUAAGUAAGCUUACAACUGUGGAUAGAGCAACAGAGAAAUCAACUGAAACUACAACAAUAUUGCCAAUCAGAAAAAUAACUACAGUGAUCGAACAAAUUAAGACAUUAUCAACAAAAACAGUUGUAGCAAGUAAUAUAACAACAAAAUUAUUACAACGAACAUCAACAAUAGUAUCAGAAAAAGUAAAAAUACUAACAACAACCCCACUGAUAGCAACUAAAAAUAAUACAAAUGCGCAACAAAAUAUUUGA